ACACAGUUCUAUUCUAUCAGCAGGUGUAGAAAGUUAACGGAAGACCGACUUGCUUCAUUUUUUUUAUUUACCCAUGACGCUGCUGUUUGCUUAUUCGAUGGGGAAUAUCUUAUCAUGCAUGUUUCCAUUAACUUUCUAUCAUCCCAAGCGAAAAGGAGAUAACGCCAUCACUACGUAGACUUCAUUUUCUUCCCUGCGCUGUCUUCAUGCGGGUGUUGUUUUGUACAAUUCCAAUGUGGUGAAAGGCGGCGUUCAUUCUUCAUAUCAGCUUGUUCUUGUUCAUUAUUAGUGGCCAUUUCCUUGGUGUCUCUGUGUAACGUUCAUCUUCAGAAAAAUGUCCUUUCAUAGAGGUCACGUCAUAUUAUGUUUCGUUUUCGUUUUCGUUUUGUGUUGUACUGUGAUGUGUCAUGUUGGCCGACCUGUGGCACCAGAACUUCAAGAACUUAGAAAAAGAUGGGGCGCAUCAGAUAUUAUUAGAGAUCUGGAGUGACCACAUAAAACAAGAUGUUCAAAAGAUAACUAAAUUACAGGAUACGGGAGAAAUCUCGACCAAUGAAGCUCUUUUUUAUUUUCUGAGGAUGCAUGAUUUCGAUGACAACCGGAAACUAGAUGGUCACGAACUGCUAGCAGCCAUGACUCAUGCGCUUGAGCAUCACGAAACUGAGAAGCCCAUGUCUAUAGAGGAAAAGGAAAAUAUCGUUGACAGUUUCUUCGCCUAUGACGAUAACAAUGACGGACUUAUCAGUUACCCAGAGUUAAGAAAACACUUAUCAACUGACGAUAGCGCUCCACCAGCAGAAUAAUAUCCCCCCUCCCUCCCCAGAAAGAAGGAACUAUAAUUUCAUACUUACUUCAAGUAUAUUCCAGUAUAUUUGUGUAUCAUAUUUGAAUAUAUUGAGUUUUUUAGAAUAAAAAUAUCUACACAUUUU